AUGCCCUUCCAUUCCUCAUCCCUCUCUUUCUCUCUCUAAAACCUUGGGUUUUUCCUCUCUCUCUAAAAAUGGCUGCCCUAACCCAGCAAUUCCAGCCAAGCCCCACCCACACUCUUCGUAAGCGUGCUGCCGCCACCGCCACCGCCACCGCCACCGCCACCGCCACCGCCACCGCCACCGCCACCACUACCACCACCCACCGCCGCUGCGUAGCCACUCUACAUGUUCCUCAAGUGCCAACCUCCGCUGCUCCGCUCAGCUCCAAUGUUCUUCGGCAAACUCUCGAUGACCCAAGUCUGAAGUCGACGUGGAGCCACCGAGCAUGGGUGGCUUGUGGGUGCACCACCAUUGCCUUCACCCUAGCCAAGUCCAUGGCCAUGGCUGCAGUCUCGAGCUCGUGGCUAGAGCCCGCAGGGGCUGGCACCCUUGGCUACUUUGUGGCUGACCUCGCAACCGGCAUUUAUCACUGGGCCAUCGAUAACUAUGGAGACGCCUCGACCCCAGUGUUUGGCUCCCAAAUUGAUGCCUUUCAGGGCCACCACAAGUGGCCGUGGACGAUAACCCGAAGGCAAUUUGCAAACAACCUCCAUGCACUAGCUCGUGCCACCACCAUAACUCUUUUGCCGCUUGAUUUGUUGCCUCUAGACAUGGGACUCGAAGCAUUUGUGAGUGUUUGUGCAGGAUGUAUCAUGUUUAGCCAACAGUUUCAUGCUUGGGCUCACACGCCAAAGAGCCGGUUGUCAUCGAUCGUCAUCGUCUUACAAGAUGCAGGCCUGUUGGUGUCGCGCUCCAAGCACGCGGCGCACCACCGCACGCCUUACAAUAACAACUAUUGUAUAGUGAGUGGUGUGUGGAAUGGCGCUUUGGAUGAGGCCAGGUUCUUUGAGGCAUUGGAGAUGGUAGUGUUUUUCAGGUUUGGGGUUCGGCCACGGUCAUGGAAUGAGCCUGGUUCGGACUGGAAGGAAGAGGGAGACCCUGACUCCUCUUCUUAAAGCAUAGAACCUGCUCUCAGAGAGAGAGAGAGAUUACUCCAAAAACCUUUAGCUUUAGGAAUUUUAAUAUGGUUGUGGAUUCCAUGAUUCUUUUGUGGCAUUAUGAUAUACUGAA